AUGAUCCCGCACCGAAAGUGCGACCGGCGGCUCCGCCGCGAGGACCCGGAGCCGGAAACCUGGCACGAGAAGCACUUCCGCCCACACCCCAGGCCGGGGCGGUGCCUUGGCCGCGCACUCGGGCCCCGCCCCGCGCCUCGGGGCGCCGCUGCCUCUGGCACGCUGCUGGCCUCGCUUCCCACACAGGCUCUCCCAGGCAGGCCUCUCUUGGGCGGCCGGGCCCGGCCCGUGGAGAGGGGAGCGGAGCGCCCCGGAUUGCGGACUCCGGGGUCCGUGUUCUUGGCGGUGCUCCUCUACUGCGGAGCCGGCCGCGGGCUCCUGGAGCGGCCUCCCGCGCCGGGGCAAAGGCCCAGCCUCGAGCAUCUUUCCCUCAAUGCGUCCGGCCCCGGCUUGUGCGAACGGAAAACCCGAGUGGGCGCCUCCCUGGCUGCUUGGAGCUUGUCUUCCGAAAGCCUCGUAGGCAUGCUGCCAAUUGAUCCAAUUUGUGAAAAUUAUGUUCGCCAAGUGAGAAACUGUAUUUUUUCUGUUGUCUACCCUACUCCUUUCAAAUCAAAGACUCGUCUUGUAGCAGUAUCAAAGGAUGUUCUGGAAAAUAUUUUGGACCUUGAUCUUUCUGUUUCAAAAACAAAUGAUUUUCUUCAGCUUGUAAGUGGUGAAAAGAUAGUAUCUGGCUCUAUUCCAUUGGCCCAUAGAUAUGGAGGUCAUCAGUUUGGAAGUUGGGAAGAUCAGCUUGGGGAUGGAAGAGCUCACCUUAUUGGAAUAUACACAAACAGGUUUGGUGAAAGAUGGGAACUCCAGUUAAAAGGCUCCGGAAAGACCCCAUACUCACGAAUUGGUGAUGGAAGAGCUGUGCUGCGUUCUUCAGUGAGAGAAUUUUUAGCUAGUGAGGCCUUGCACUACCUUGGCAUUUCAACAAGCAGAGCUUUAAGUCUGGUUGUAAGUGAUGAUGAUGUGUGGAGAGAUGCUUUCUAUAAUGGAAAUAUUCAGAGAGAAAGAGGUGCAGUAGUUCUCCGCAUUGCAAAAUCAUGGUUUCGCAUUGGAUCAUUAGAAAUUUUGGCUCAUUAUGGUGAACUGGAUUUACUAAGGAAAUUAUUAAACUUUGUCAUACAGGAACAUUUUCCAUCAGUAGAUGUGAAGGAUCCUAACAGAUACUUGGAUUUUUUCUCUAAUGUGGUAUCUGGGACAGCAUAUCUUAUUGCCUCCUGGAUGUCUGUGGGUUUUGCUCAUGGUGUUUGCAAUACUGACAACUUCAGUUUGUUAUCUAUUACAAUAGAUUAUGGUCCUUUUGGUUUUAUGGAGGCCUACGAUCCAAAUUUUGUACCCAAUACAUCUGAUGAUAAAGGAAGGUAUAAAAUAGGAAACCAGGCCAGUGUUGGAAUGUUUAAUCUGAACAAGCUGUUACAGGUUUUAAAUCUUUUACUGGAUCCUAGUCAAAAGCAGCUUGCUGAUCAGAUUCUUGAGAGAUAUGCUACUCUGUAUCAUACAAGAUUUAAAGAACUCUUCAAAGCUAAAUUGGGUCUCCUUGGUGAAAAGGAAGGUGAUGAUUUUUUGGUUGCAUUACUACUACAUCUCAUGGAAGAGACCAAAGCUGAUUUUACAAUGACAUUUCGGGAGCUCAGUGAAAUAACUCAGGACCAGUUGAAGAACCUCAGCAUUCCUCAGGAAUUCUGGGCACUAAAAAUCCUUUCAAAGCAAGAACUCUUUACUGACUGGGUGUCCAUGUACCUUUUGAGACUGAAGAGUAAUGUAAAUGACUCAGAUUCCAGAAGAAGAAAAAGAAUGACAAGUGUCAAUCCUAGAUAUGUGCUGAAAAAUUGGAUGGCAGAAUCUGCUGUGCGGAAAGCAGAAAGGAAUGAUUUUUCAGAGGUUCGUCUUUUACAGAAAGUUCUUCAGCAUCCAUUCCAAAAACAGUCAACAGCAGAGAAAGCAGGAUAUUCUUCACCUACCCCUUCAUGGGCAAGAGAUCUCAAAGUUAGCUGUUCAUCCUGAUGAAAGUUGAUAUUAAUUUGGAAUACUUUUUAAACACUUGACCUUUAAUAUAAUCUGAGAAACUGAUAGAAGAAAUUGAUAUUGAUGAAUCAUAAAUGUUUAUAAUAAUGAAGGAUAAAUUAUUACAUAUGAAAAAUGAACAUUUAACCAAAAAAGCUUAAUCCUGAAUUCCUUCUACUGAAAAUUGUUCAGAUCUUUGUGUUUUAAUUCAUAAUUUGAAAAGAUUAUAGCUUCCUUCCAGCAAAUCACUUGAAAUAUUUUUAAUAACGAAGAACUUUUAAGAUAACCUGACUACAAAUUAACAUGUGGUUCUCUAGAAACUUGUGCCAAAUCCUCAUGAGAAAAUGCAAAGAAUAGUGCAAAAAUGACAAAUGUAAUGCUUUCUCUAUAUCAUCUCAUUUACUAAAACAAAGUAUAAGACAUCCUUGCCUUCCAGGUCUUUUAGGACUAUUCAUAUGGGAAUAUUCAGAGAUUUGUACACUUCAGUUGUUACUAUGAAUCUCUUCUGCUAAAAAAAAAGUGUCUGUCUCAUAUCACUAAUUCCUUCUACAAGACCCAAUAUUAGAUAUCACAUUUCAGACAACAUUUUAUUUUAUGAUGCUAUCCAAAUAGCUAAUAAGUAGAGUGGAAUUUAUGUAGGAUCACUAUAAUCUUAAGUGACAGCUGAACAAGACUGUGGUGGAAUUUGUGUUACAUAAAGUAUUGCUAAUGUAAUAAUUAUGAAAUGACAUUAAAUGGAGCAGUGUUUUGCA